CCGGUGGUCGCGUUCGGCGGUGCGAUUCUUGCCACAGAGCGUCUCCUUCGGUUUCGUGCGGCGGCGGCGGCGUUUGUUUUUGUUGUGUUCGCGUGUGUUGUGUUUCCAUCUGAGCGCGGCGCCAGGUGAUGGGUGCACCCCGGCCCGAGGCAGCAACGAGGGGCCCCGGGCCCUGCAGCUACGCGACGAUCUGCGGCAGCGCGUGUUGCGCGGUGGGUGCCGGCGCGGCGUGAAGUAGACCGUCGUCGUUCCUUCCUUCCCCCCCGACUGUGGUGGCCACCAUCGUGAGCUCAGGCGCGCAGGGAGCUACCGCUGUCGUAGUUCCUUGCCGGAUCUGCGGUCGCGACGAAUUGGGACGUGCAGCUGCGGGCCGGCGGGACGACGCUGCCUAGCCGCUGCUUCGAGCGCGGACCUCUUCCAGUCCUUGCAGCCGAAAGGCCCCACUGGCGCGCGCUCGGACGGGCCCGCGAGCCCGCGACCCACCUGUCAAACUGGUGCUCCGUCCGACCGCCAAGAUUUCGCCCUCCAAGGCCGACGCCAGCAGCGUCGGCGCCAUGACCGAAGCCGUACCGCAAUUGUGCGUGUCGGCCUCGGACAAGGCGGCGUCCGGCGGUGGCGGUGGCUGCCGCAGUCGGCGCGUCUGCGCCGGCUGCGGUGCGCCCAUCCGCGACCAGUACAUCCUGCGCGUGGCGCCGGACCUGGAGUGGCACGCAGCCUGCCUCAAGUGCGCCGACUGCCACCAGUUCCUGGACGAGACCUGCACCUGCUUCGUGCGCGACGGAAAGACUUACUGCAAGCGCGACUACGUCCGGCUGUUCGGCACCAAGUGCUCCAAGUGCCGGCAGGGUUUCUGCCGCACGGACUUCGUGAUGCGCGCCCGGCAGCACGUGUACCACCUGAACUGCUUCCGGUGCCAGGCCUGCGAACGCCAGCUCAUGCCGGGCGACGAGUUCGCGCUGCGAGAGGACGGCCUCUUCUGCCGCGCCGACCACGACGUGCUCGACAAGUUCGCCUCCUCCGCGCACGGGGCCCCGCCCGCCAACGGCAUUCACGUCGCUCCAAACGCGGAGCCCGUUCCGGUCGGCGGCGGCGGUGUUCCCGGCUCCCGGUCCGGCGGCCAGGCAGGCGCAGCAGCGGCGCCGCCCGCCCAGCCUCGGGGCCAUCCGCAGAGCAAGCAGCAGCCGCAGCACGCGGAGGGCCAGCAGGCGUCGCAGCAGCACAAGCCGACUCGGGUGCGGACGGUGCUGAACGAGAAGCAGCUGCACACGCUGCGCACUUGCUACGCGGCCAACCCGAGGCCGGACGCGCUCAUGAAGGAGCAGCUGGUCGAGAUGACGGGCCUGUCGCCGCGCGUCAUCCGGGUCUGGUUCCAGAACAAGCGCUGCAAGGACAAGAAGAAGAGCCUCCUCAUGAAGCAGAUGCAGCAGCACGAAAAGGACGGGCGUCCGCUCAGCCUAGGCAGCCUCCGCGGCGUGCCCAUGGUUGCCAGCAGCCCCGUGCGGCACGAGGGCAGCGACAGCCCGCAGCCACUCGAGGUGCACGCCUACCAGCCGCCCUGGAAGGCCCUGGCCGAGUACGCCAUGCACCCCAACGAGGUGGAUCCCACGACGCCGCACUUCCAGCAUCUCGUCAACCAGAUGCACGGCUACGACACGGGUGACCCCGUCUGCAUGGGCGUGCUUCCGCUGGGCGCCGGCGGCCACUACCUGUGCCCGGACGACGGUCUGGUCGCGCCGCCCAGCAACCUGUCGUCGUCGCAUCAUUCGAGCCACCUACCCGGCACGCCCUCCGAACUGUCCAGCCCCACGAGCGAAUGACCUACGGGGCCCUCCCCGAGGGGUCGUCCAAGGACGCGAAAGCAUGACCGAUCGCCGCGGCCCUGAAGACGUGUGCCGCUACAGAGACGUCCGCCAGGCGCACUCACCACGUCAGUGUCAUGUACAUAGUGAAGCCGAAAAGAAGGCACAGAGCGCGGUGGGGUCGUCUGCGCUAGAAAACGUCGCCUCGACGUGCAGGCGCGCAUACGGACGCUUAAGCGUUCCACUGGCGUGUGGCAAGGCUCCUGGCAAAGCGACCGGCGAUCUUCGAGAAUGCUCGCCGAGUCACCAGCUGAAUAGAAAACGAGAAGCCAACUAAACAAAUGAGCAAAUCAAGGCUACCCGCCUUUCCAGGGGAGGGCUCCGCUGGUCGUUUUACGUGGAGGCCGCACGUGGGGAAGAGGCAGACGGCACGUGGCAAACCGCGGUUACGUGUGCGUCGACUAAAAUACACACCAGGGACUGGAUAUUGUUUUUCUUUUUCUGCGACACGUUCUCACUGGGCUUUCUAUCAAAAUAAUAAUUAUUUCGAAGCCAUAAAUAGGAUCCGUUCAAAUAAGUGACAAUGGAGAGGGCAAAUUCGCAUGCAACAAAAGCUGCAUUUUUAGAUUACGUAGGCGGUUCCACGUCGACGAAGAACCCUACGAACCGCAUUCAGCUACCUCGCUAAAGUGCAGCAGCAAGCAACAGCUUCCGAAGCAUAUGUAUUAUAUACCAACGCCCGCUUUGUCGUAACUGAAAAAAAGAAAAGAAAAAGAAAGAUCCCAGGAAGAGAUGCCCAAAUUCGUGACGAAACAUCAUCCUCGUCACACGGAGAACGUCAAAGUAUUUCUUCAACCGUGUUCUUAGCUGUGAAGCAACAGCAGCGCCGGCAGUGUUCGGUCCCGGGUGUCUCAGCCGAUCUGCGAGUACUCACACAGCUGCGUUUUUUUUUUUUUCUUCUUCUCGAACGCGACGUUCCAUCAAGGACCACUGUAGCCUCCACCCACACUUCAUUACCUCGGCACUGGUCAAGUGCGGAUCAGUGGUUUCAACCGCAGCACAUGCGAAAAAGCGUGCCCGAACCCCGUUAUAUGAGACUGUGUGCGUCUUAGCUCCGCGAUCGCGAGCGGUCAGCGAUAUCGACUUGUUCCGAGAGCGAUCGACCGCUUCCUUCAUCGCGACGUGACCCCUUUAAAUACCAUACGCUCCCACUCGUUGUGUGGCUGCAGAUCACUAUUUAUUAUCCAGCAGUGACGAUCGCUCGUUUCUAAGGUGGCCAUUAAAUGAGCCACUGGGACUUGCCGGUCGGAACGUGUGACGAAGAUAUACACUGGACAUUGAACAUGCAAAACUCAAAAUUAAAACAACAACAAAAAAGAAUGAUUGUUCGUUUGAACGCUUGUGGUCCUCCUGUCACCCAGGAAGAUGCGUGGGAGUCUCGAUUUUACGAACUUUGUCAAAGAAGUGAAAAAGCAAAGAAUAUUAACAAACUUAUAGUUUGUCUCACUUUUUGUUCAGCGUCUUUUAGCCAUGUGUUUUUGUCACGAUUUCAUUGUAAUGUCGUUGUUUAUUUGGCCCGCCUUCAUGGCAGGGUUGGGACUUGUGAGAGCUCGAGUCGAUAUUGCCUUUAUGGGACUCCGUUACAGCGUUUUCACCGCUCCUGACAAAACGCUAUGUUGUUUCGCUUAUUUUUCUCCCUGAUGUGCGCACAUGUGCGUCAGGGCUACAUUAUGUGCGGUCAUAAAGUUCAAAUUGGCGGUACUGUUCUGUGAAGUCUUUCUUGUGCCGAGCAAAACCUGUGUGUGUACAUUGUAAGAACAAGGAGUGCGUGCACAUUUGUGAAGUUGACUCACGAUAUGCUGCAAUGUUUCAUGUUUGAUUGAGACGAGCUGAAACUGCAUGUACGUUUUUAUUUUUUGGCGAACUGUUCUUUUGCGCCCUUUAACUGAAUUUUUACGCCAUAUUAUUAACGAGGCACAAAAAUCUAGUCCCGCAUACGAAGGGUCAAGCUGCGUGCUACCUACGCGGCACAUGGUCACCGGUUCGCAGUCUUAACGCAUUGUAGAGGUGACAAAAGAAAAAAAAAGGAUUAUCCUUUUAUGAAAGAGUUUCUUUUUAAUGCGAGUUUGUGUAAGUAUUACAUUUUGCUUCGGCGGCGCUUGUGAUUGAAGAUGUAUUGUGAGCCUUGAGCAGCAAAAAAUAGCAUGAGUUUCCUCCGUUACCUUGUGUCUUCUGUGGGGUGUGUUGACGGCACGUCAAUUGUUUUGUUUUGUGCUGCGUUGCUUGCAGUUCUGUAAAUAUUGAUGCAUCAAGACACGAGGUGUCGAAAAUAAUGCGUGAAGAAUAAAAU